AUGGAAUACUCAUCUGACAUCGCGUGCGAAUCGCAGGCCCAAAUGAUAAGCGCAGAGGCUCCCAUUUUAUUUGCCAAAGCGGCAGAACUGUUUAUCCGCGAACUCACUCUUCGUGCGUGGGUACACACGGAACGGAAUCGUCGUCGCACGCUUCAGAGGAAUGACAUUUCCAUGGCAGUUUCAUAUGGCGACACUGAUCAGUUCGAUUUUUUAAUCGACAUUGUACCUCGAGAAGAGGGUCGCGGCCAUCGUCGGUCUCACCACAACCAGUCAUCGAUUCAGCACAUGUCUGGUGCCUCCGUCGUCCAUCAGACGGCAGAUGAGAGCGCAGCACUGAAGGCGGAGGCGAUGCUCAUGUCAGGGGGCGGUGCCGCAAAUCUAACCCUUGGCACCACAUCUGGCGAUAACGAGGGCAGUGUGACUGUUGUGCCCGCCUCCGUUGACUCCAUUAGUCUCAUCCAGCAACAGCCCCAGACGGCC